GUGAGCCGGAGCCCUGGGGUUGGGCAGCACUUGGUUCCGUGCAACUUUCAAGUGAGUUGCAAACUCCGCCCUGCAGGCCGGUGCCGGCGGCUGGGUGCACCUGGACCGCGGCGACUCGCACGAGCGAGGCCGCGACCUGCCGCCCCAGCGCGGGACCAGCAGCGAGAGCCGAGCACGGGGUUCUCCGCGUCAGGAAGGGCGGGUCGGAGCCGUAACUGCCCCAACCGCGGGGCGUACGCGCCAGCGCCCGCUCCCAAGUCGGCUUCCUCCCCGCCGGGGCCGCUUUGCUCCGGGUCUCCCCGUUCUCCAGGUCCCCCGAAUUGCAGAGGCGGAGGCCGUGGGCGGCGGGCUCUGCCUCAGCCGAGGGACAGCUGGACCGCCCCUCUGCUUCCCGCAACCGCCCCGAUCCCCCCAGUCCCAGCCCUUGCUUGAACGACCCUCUGGGCGGCUUUCUGGGGUUCUCCCCUCGUCCCCAAGGCCGGCAAGAUGGUGUCCUGGAUGAUCUGUCGCCUGGUGGUGUGAGUAUGGCCGCCCUCAGACCUCCUCUACCCCGGGGUGCCGUCCCGCCCCUGUGGUGGAAGCUGGAGACGUGUGGUGGGAGAGGGAACUUUCCAAGCUCCACCCUCCCGCACUCCAUGCAAGGGUUAACGGACCUGUGGUCUUGCAGGCGGUGCCUGGGGCACUGCUUGCUCCUCGCCCCACCAAACCUCCCCCCACCAAGCAUCUUUGGCUGAGGACGUCCCCUGCCACACGCCACACACACUGCAAACAGAUGCGUGGGGCCAAGGGCCACAGGCCUACCUUGCAGCUCCUUGGCAAACACAAGGUGAUAUGGCACGUUGUGGGUGGAGAAUCCAGGUGCAUGCGUACUUGCCGUCGAGCAGUCACAUGACUCACGUCCUGCUCCUCACCUUUGAGUACUCCAACACCUGGCUCACACAGCCCUGUCUGCAGCCCGGCAGUGCCAGGUCUGGUGGCCCUGGGCCUGAUUGCCUGCCCACGGGAGGGGACGGUCUGGUGUUCUCACCCACUUCGUGGAGUGGCUGUCCUCUCGCUCCAUCACGCACCCAUGGGCCACAGGUGCAGGCCUGGGCAGGCUUCAGAUGUUUGUAAACAGCAGGGUGGGGAGGUGCCCUCCAGGGCUCUGACUCAGGCACGGGUUGUACAAGCCAAUCGAGAAAAACAGGGCUGGUGUUUGGGAUGCUGUAUCCAGCUUAUGCUUCCUAUAAGGCUGUGAAGACUAAGAACAUUCGUGAAUACGUGCGGUGGAUGAUGUACUGGAUCGUUUUUGCACUCUUCAUGGCAGCAGAGAUCGUCACAGACAUUUUUGUCUCCUGGUUCCCUUUCUACUAUGAGAUCAAGAUGGCCUUUGUGCUGUGGCUGCUCUCGCCCUACACCAAGGGCGCCAGCCUGCUUUACCGCAAGUUUGUCCACCCGUCCCUGUCCCGCCACGAGAAGGAGAUCGACGCUUACCUCGUGCAGGCCAAGGAGCGCAGUUACGAGACCAUGCUCAGCUUCGGGAAGCGGGGCCUCAACAUUGCCGCCUCGGCUGCUGUGCAGGCUGCCACCAAGAGUCAGGGGGCGCUGGCCGGCAGGCUGCGGAGCUUCUCCAUGCAGGACCUGCGCUCCAUCCCAGAUGCACCCGUCCCUGCCUACCAGGACACCCUCUACCCAGAGGACCAGGUGCUCCACCGGAGGCCACCCAUUGGGUACCGGGACGGGGGCCUGCAGGACAGCAACACGGAGGAUGAGUGUUGGUCAGAUACUGAGGCGGUCCCCCGGAUGCCAGCCCGGCCCCGAGAGAAGCCCCUGAGCCGCAGCCAGAGCCUGCGUGUGAUCAAGAGGAAGCCGCUGGUGCGGGAGGGCACCUCGCGCUCCCUAAAGGUUCGGACGAGGAAAAAGACUGUGCCCUCAGACAUGGACAGCUAGGGUCUGCUGCAUCUGGCUGGUUCUUACCUCGUGCCCUGCAGGGCUCCGGGGAUAUUUGGAGAGACCUUUGGCUGCGCAUCUGGCCUGCCUGCACCAGCCGCUGGGCCCCACCCUCCUUGCUCUUGCUGAUGGCUAAGGGCUGGGAGCAGAUGCUGCCAAGGCCACAGGCUGGAUGCACCAUGAUGUACCAAAGCAGGCUAGGCCAGCAUUCUAUUUAUUGCCUUGCUCUGCCUCUUCCUUCCCUGGUUGUGGGACCAGAGCCCUCCUGGAACCCCUGCAAAUGAAACCAAAAGGCCACCUGGGUGUGUUCAUUCCUUCCUGUCCUUCUAAGUACUUGAUGGACUUUCAUAAGGCCUGGUGUGUGUGUGUGUGUGUGUGUGCUGGUGAGCGAGGUCAGGUUUGUGAAUGUUUUCAUAAAUAAAUACAUAAAGGGA